AGGGGGGAAGAGGGAGGGGGCGGUCUCAAAAACACACACAAAAAGGGCCUCGGCUGGUUCAAGUGAGGAUAGGGAUCGUCCUGAGCUGAACUCAACAUUACAAAUAGGAGCAGCGCUAUUCCAAGUGGAGCAGAGUGGAUAUGCGCCACACACUUGAUAAUAUUAAGUAACAGGGAGGAGUGGAUCUGCAGAGUAAACCCGGAGAGGGAGACAGAGACUAGAAGCGCUUCUUACCGGACUGGACGCAGACUUCAGGAGAAACCGGCGGAGAAAAACUCACCUUUCUUUACAGGUGGCACUGUUGUUGCAUCUUAGAGACCAGAGGCUUGCUACAUAAGCAGAGACAAAAAGAGUAAUUUCACCAAAGACGGGCAUAAUGUUUGAGGAGGACUCCCAGAUGAGGGGCCAGCAGGACAUGACAGUGCUCCAGACUUUGGAACCAGCAGCAUCAGUGAGUUCGGGUGAAGAAGGGUCAGGACCUCUGUCCUUCACAGAUGAGGCAGUGUCCAUCCUGACCUCCAGCAGCCUGCUGGCCCGCUCCCUACUGGGUCGCAGCCCUGCUGUCAAACGAAAAGAGAGCCCUUCUUCCAGCAGCCGUCGCAAGCGGGAGUUUAUCCCCGUUGACAAAAAGGAUGAGGGCUACUGGGACAAGAGGAGGAAGAACAAUGAGGCAGCUAAGCGCUCACGGGAGAAGCGGCGUGUGAAUGAUAUGGUCCUGGAGAGCCGAGUUCUGGCUCUGCUGGAGGAAAACGCUCGACUUAGGGCUGAGCUGCUAGCGCUGAAGUUCCGCUUUGGCCUAGUUAAAGAUACCUCCAACUCCCCCAUUCUACCUCUCCCUUCAGCUCCUCACCACAAUGCUCAAACUGUGACUCCUCACUAUUACCUCCCAAGAGGUGACGGGGGACUCCCUAACACCUCAGCCUCACAUCCCGCCUCCCAGACAGGCCACCUGAGCAGCAGGGGAUCUAGGGAUGCUGGGAACAUGUCAGAGGACUCUGGGUUUUCAACACCCGGCGGGUCCAGUGUAGGCAGCCCAAUCUUCUUUGAGGAUCGGCUGAGUGACCACGGGAAGUUAUCACCCCAUAGGGCAGAGGAGGUGAGCUACGAUCUCCACCACUCUCCUAUUGAUAUCCAUCACUCUGCUGGGAUCCCUGGAGGACGGCUGGACCAGGCUGAAGGCAUGAAAAACCUUCCUCACAAGUUACGCUUCAAGAUGCCUAACAGUGGGGAUGUGUUUGACCCUACAGCUGACAAUUGCAGUGCCAGGCGUAGCCCAACACUGUCUACAGGAAGGCGGGACAGUCAGAGAGAAAUCACUAAAGGACUCAGUGGGGGUGAGGUGGGAGCAGGGCACUGCCCCAGCUCCUGGCUUCAGCAGCUGGAAGGUGAGGAAGGCAGGAAGGGGAGGCUAUCUCCUCAAUAUAACACCUCAGCUUCCGGUUACAGCCUCCAGACUUCUCCUACACAAGGACUCACAGAGGGCCAGUACAAGAGCGAGAACACUCACCUGAAGACUCAGCUCAACUCUCUGAGUGAGGAGGUGGCUCAGCUAAAGAAGCUUUUCACAGAGCAGCUCAUGGCCAAAGUCAACUGAGGACUGAGGUAGUGAGUCAGAGUCUGCCAACGCCUGGACUAAAAACAAACUCUGCGAGCACAAAAACAGGAGUCAGAAAGACUAAUAAAACUCAGCUUCUGAGUUUGACAAACUUUUACUAAUGACAUGUUGAAUUUUUUGUUCAGAUACUGUGUUAGAUUGUAACAUUCAUCUCAUAACCUGCUGUUUAAAUACUACUACAUCUCAGCACCGAUCAGGGUUGCUCAGACAACAGGACGUCUCAUCUGUAGUAGUGUCAAGAGUUAGUGUCUCUAUUUCAUAACACUGUGAUAACUGAACACUCAAGGAACUGUUUACAUCACAUCAUUAGUUAAAAAACAAGCCUAACACUGUCACUCGCUUCACGGAGACACAACAGGUUCACAUAGUUCCAAAGCCAGUAGGUUGUUAACUCACGGAGGAGGUCAUUAAGGGUAAUGACAUACAGUGCAUGUUAUGCACCACUUAGGUGGUACUGGUACAAGUAGAGUUAAGGUGGUAGAGUUAAGCAGGGACAGGAAAUACACAGCAAAACAAAACAAAGGAACAAAGCCCUUUUUAAUCCGGAGGUAGAAGUUCAUUUUUCACACUCACUAUUUAUCAAUACUUGUUAUGUGUCACGUGAAGGACCUCCUCACUGUUAAAUGUACUGUGUUACGUGUUUCACAUCUCACUUUUAUUACUGCCAUGUUAUCUUUACUGAGGUGAUAAUGAGAAUUUGAAUUCUGCUGUCUUUCUGUGUAUUUUAAUAUUAAAAAAUAAAAUAACUUUGACAGAUUUAAAA